AUGAUUACGCUCACUCCCCUGGACGACGGUUACAACAAUCCAUUCGAUACACAGUUUGAUUCAGAGCAAGUUCUUGCAUCGCAAUUCACGUUCGAGCCGGUAUCGCGUUCCCCAUCGCCAGACUGGCUAUCCAGAUCGUCUUCGACCUUGCCACUUGCUGGCUCGUCUCCACAGACGUCUUCUGUACACCCCAAUACGUCUCCUACACCGAUCUUCUCCAAUAUUCCCCCGGACGACUCUUGCGCAAUCACUCUCGUGGGCGACGCGUCUUUGAUGCAAAGUCACGCGUCCAUCUCCACAUCCACCGUCCAUGAACACAUCUGCGCCUCUGCAACAAAUAUGUCAUCGUCCUUGGGCGUGUCUGAGCCAUAG